UGGCGAUACGCGGGCUCCGGGAAGGGCCGGGGCUGGAAGUCGCCGCCCUCCCUCCGUAUCCGGGUGGUUGCUCCCGGGCGCAGCCGGACCGCCGGAGCCGGUGCCAGGCGAAGAUGGCGUAUCCCGGGCAGCCGGCGCCCGGCGGGUUCUACCAGGGCGGGUAUGGAGGAGCUCCAGGUGGACCAGUGUUCCCGGGACAAGCUCAGGAUCCUUUGUAUGGUUAUUUUGCUGCAGUAGGAGGGCAGGAUGGACAAAUAGAUGCUGAUGAGCUACAGAGAUGUCUCACCCAGUCAGGGAUUGCAGGAGCAUAUAAACCUUUCAACUUAGAGACUUGCAGACUUAUGAUCUCAAUGCUGGAUAGGGAUAUGUCUGGCACACUGGGAUUUAAUGAGUUUAAAGAACUCUGGGCUGUGGUCAAUGGCUGGAAGCAACACUUUGUAAGUUUUGACAGUGAUGGAAGUGGCACAGUGGAUCGUCAGGAACUGGAGAAAGCCUUGAUGACUAUGGGAUUUAGACUGAGCCCACAGGCUGUGACUGCAAUCACAAAGCGAUACAGCACCCAGGGAAAGAUCGCAUUUGAUGAUUACAUUGCCUGCUGUGUGAAACUCCGAGCUCUCACUGAAUGCUUUAGAAGAAGGGAUACAACUCAGCAGGGUUUUGUGAAUUUCCACUACGAUGAUUUCAUACAGUGUGUUAUGAGCAUCUAAAUCAACAGGAAGCAAUCUGUGGAUUAUCAUGUUUUAACAUUCCAGUCUGUGUUUUGCUUUGCCAAGUCCUCCAAUGAUCUCAAUAUUGGAAAUUGCAUAUUUUAUGAAGGUAUCAUUUUACACACAUUUUUUUUAGUCUUGAUAUAUAAACUACUCAUGUACUGUUGUCUUUAACUUCCAAUCUGUGAUUAUUAAAGAUGCUUUUUAUUUUCAUAAAUUUGCAAUUCACUAUCUAUAACUCAGAUCAUGCAAAUAGCAAGAUUUUUAGUCGUGUGUCUUCUUUUUUUCCACGAUUCACUAAAAUCAGUUUCUGGAGUGCAACUUACCUUUUUCUGACUUAAACUGUAACAUAUGUAUGACUUAAGAGGAUACAUAUUUUCUUGUCUUUGACAACAUAAGACGGAUGUGCAAACUGAAAGGGCAUUUGGAAUGAUCAUUUUGCACUGGUCUGUUAGAACAUCAGUAAGUUUUGGUUACUUACUUUGUCAGCUCUUUUGAAGAUGAAGCAUGUGACACCAAGCACUGAGUGCAAGACUACCUGCUAGAACUUCUUGUAAGCAGGGAUGCAACAAAACAUAGCAGAGAACUCUUCUAGCCUUGUGCUCUGGUACAGGGGGCUUUGUUCCUGUAAGAUUCUUGCUUUGUUUGUGUCACUAUAUAAAACACUUUUAAACAUACAGAA